AGGCAGGAAUAUUUCGCGCCAAAUUGAAACAGAAGCGUUGAGAGUGCGAGCAGCGCGAGAGACGAGCCGACACUCCGACCUCCGGACAUCACCUGGAGUUUUACCGUCUGUUUGUCCCCGUCAGUACAAGUGUCGCCAACAUGGAGGAGGCCAACAAGCUGAUCGGCACCGGGAAGAAGCACCUGGUGAUGGGGAAGGUGGUGGAGGCGGUGAGCGCCCUGCAGGAGGCCUGUGGCAUGCUGGCUAAAAAGUAUGGCGACACAGCGGAUGAGUGUGGCGAGGCGUUCUUCUGGUGCGGUAAAGCGCUCCUGGACCUGGCACGGAUGGAGAACUCGGUCCUGGGUAACGCUCUGGAAGGAGUUCCUGAAGAAGAGGAGGAAGAAGAGAAACCCAAAGACUCCAACGUUGAGAGCACAGAAAACAUUGAUGAGAAGACCAGAGACGAGCUGAGGGUUCAGGUGUACGACGCCAUGGCCGAGAAGAAAAACGAAGAUGCACAAAAGGCUGAAGGGAAGCAGAGCGAAAAGGCCGAGAAGAAAAACGAAGAUGCACCAAAGGCUGAAGGGAAGCAGAGCGAAAAGGCCGAGAAGAAAAACGAAGAUGCACAAAAGGCUGAAGGGAAGCAGAGCGAAAAGGCCGAGAAGAAAAACGAAGAUGCACCAAAGGCUGAAGGGAAGCAGAGCGAAAAGGCCGAGAAGAAAAACGAAGAUGCACAAAAGGCUGAAGGGAAGCAGAGCGAAAAGGCAGAGAAGAAAGGUGCCGUGGUAAAGGCCUCCGCUGGUGAUGCACAACAGAAAGCAGCAAAAGAGGGAGAGGAGGAAAAGAAGAGCAAGGUGAAGGAGGACAAAUCUGCUGAAAAUGAAGACGAGAAGGAAAAUGAGAAACAAGGCGAGGAGUCAGCAGAGGAAGCAGAAGACGGUGAAGAAGAAGAAGAGGAGGAGGAGGGCGACGAUGCAGAAAUGGAGGGUGACGCACAAGAGCAAGGCGAAGGAGACGGCACCGCAGAGAAGGACAGUGAUGAGGAGGAGGAGGUGGGGAACCUGCAGCUCGCCUGGGAGAUGCUGGAAGUGGCCAAAGUCAUUUACAAGAGGAAAGAGUCUAAGGAUGAUCAGCUGAUGGCAGCUCAGACCCACCUGAGGCUGGGUGAGGUUUCUGCUGAAUCAGGAAAUUACUCCCAGGCGUUGGAGGAUUUCCAGGAGUGUCUGAAGCUGCAGGUGAAACACCUGGACUCAGACAGCCGCCUGCUCGCUGAGACUCACUACCAGCUGGGCCUGACCUACAGCCUGAACCUCCAGUACCGCCUGGCUGUCGACCAGCUGAACAGCUCCAUCUCCGUCAUAAAGAGCAGGCUGGACAAACUGCAGCAGCUGCUGGACAAGGCCGAGGGCCCGGAGGCUCUGCCCAGUGAGAGGAAGGAGAUGGAGGAGCUGAAGGCUCUGCUCCCAGAGAUCAAGGAGAAGGUGGAGGACGCCACAGAGGGACUGAAAAUGACAAGUGCUGCUUCUGAGUCUGUGAAGGAUGCACUGGGGGGAGGCUCUACUUCCUCUGCAUUCCCAGAGUCUGCUCUACAGAACGGUGAUGCUCCCUCCAGUUCAAAAGUGAACGGCACAUCAACCAAAAGAGUCAGUUCCACCAACGGCCACUCGUCCUCGGCUGCAGUCUCUGACAUCUCCCACCUGGUCAGGAAGAAGAGGAAACCCGAGGAGAGUCCGGUGAAGGAGGGUGCGGUGAAGAAGGUGAAGCAGGAGCCUCCCGCUGACAAAGUCGACAAAGCCAGCAGCAAAACUAAAGGAAAAACAAACCGUAUGGAAGUCGAGAGGAAGUGAAGCUGGUUUCCCUCCUGACUUUCCUCUGCGCCCAAGAGAUUCACCGUUCCGCCAAGCCCUUGUUCUGGCUCCACUUGUUUACUGUUGUAAAUAUGUGCAUCUAUAUCUAUGCCUGUUAUGUUCCUGUUGGUUCACAUGUAACUGUAAAGUUGAAUAAAUAAUCUAAUUUGAUAAAA